AUGUAUGGACGGGAUCCGUGGGGCGGGCCGCUGGAGAUUGCAGCGGACUCCGCCACCGACGACGAUCGGAGCAGGAACCUGCAGGACUACGACCGGGCGGCGCUCUCGCGGCCGCUCGACGAGACGCAGCAGAGCUGGCUGCUGGGGCCCGGGGAGCAGAAGAAGAAGAAGUACGUGGAUCUCGGCUGCAUUAUCGUCAGCAGGAAGAUCUUCGUCUGGACGCUGGGGACCAUCCUUGCCGCUGCCCUCUUGGCUGGAUUCAUCACCCUGAUUGUCAAGACGGUGCCCCGUCACCGCCACCGCCCACCGCCGCCGGAUAACUACACGCAGGCGCUCAACAAGGCCCUCAUGUUCUUCAAUGCUCAGCGCUCUGGAAGGCUUCCAAAGCACAAUAAUGUCUCAUGGAGGGGAAACUCGUGUUUAAAUGAUGGAAAGUCCGAUUCUUCAACUCUAUUUAAAGACCUUACUGGUGGUUAUUAUGAUGCUGGGGAUGCAAUCAAGUUCAAUUUCCCGCAGUCGUUUGCCAUGACCAUGUUGAGCUGGAGUGUCAUCGAGUACAGUGCAAAGUACGAAGCAGCUGGGGAGCUGAACCAUGUCAAAGAGAUUAUCAAGUGGGGAACAGAUUACUUCCUCAAGACUUUUAACCACACUGCUGAUACAAUAGAUCGAGUUGUGGCCCAGGUCGGCAAGGGGGACACCUCGGGCGGACCCGAGCCCAAUGAUCACUACUGUUGGAUGCGCCCGGAGGACAUCGAUUAUGAAAGGCCUGUUACUGAAUGCCACAGUUGCUCGGAUCUUGCUGCUGAGAUGGCUGCUGCUCUGGCUUCGGCAUCUAUUGUCUUCAAGGACAACAAGGCCUAUUCACAGAAGCUUGUCCAUGGUGCCAAGACCCUCUUUAAAUUUUCCAGGGAACAGCGUGGUAGGUACAGUGUGGGCAAUGAGGCGUCCAUGUUUUAUAAUUCGACAGGUUAUUGGGACGAGUUUAUUUGGGGUGCAACUUGGUUGUAUUAUGCCACGGGUAACUCGUCCUAUCUUCAGCUUGCUACAACUCCAGGUCUUGCUAGGCAUGCUGGUGCUUUUUGGGGAGGCCCGUUCUACGGGGUAUUGAGUUGGGACAAUAAGCUUGCCGGUACCCAAGUGCUUCUGAGUCGUUUAAGGCUAUUCCUGAGCCCUGGUUAUCCUUACGAAGAAAUUCUGAGGACUUUCCACAACCAGACCAGCAUAUUCAUGUGCUCGUUUCUACCCUAUUACACAUCAUUUAACAGGACACGAGGUGGCAUGAUCCAGUUGAACCAUGGGGCCCCUCAGCCGCUUCAAUACGUGGUGAACGCGGCCUUCCUGGCCACGGUGUUCAGCGACUACAUGAAAGCUGCCGACACUCCUGGAUGGUACUGCGGGCCCCACUUCUACUCGGCUGAUGUCCUCCGGGAAUUUGCGGAGACCCAGAUGAAGUACAUCCUGGGUAAGAAUCCGAGGAAGAUGAGCUAUGUGGUGGGGUUCGGGAACCAUUAUCCGAAGCACGUCCACCACAGGGGGGCCUCGAUUCCCAAGAAUAAGGUAAGGUACAACUGCAAAGGGGGGUGGAGGUGGAGGGACUCGAAGAAGCCCAACCCCAACACCCUGGUGGGGGCCAUGGUGGCAGGGCCCGACAGGCACGAUGGCUUCAAGGACAUCCGCACCAACUACAACUACACGGAGCCCACGCUGGCUGGCAAUGCUGGCCUUGUGGCGGCCCUCGUGGCUCUUUCCGGGGAGACGACUGUUGGAAUCGACAAGAAUACCAUAUUCUCAGCUGUGCCGCCAAUGUUCCCGACACCUCCGCCUCCUCCGGCUCCCUGGAAGCCUUAA